UUAAGAAAGUUUUGUUUCUGGUAAGUUACCGAAUCAUAGAUAUGAGAGCUUUUAGUAUCACAAUGUUUCAGUAAAUUCAAAUCAAUUUAAUAUUGUUAGGAUUCAAUUCAGCUCUCCUAUAGGCUAUACUUCGUUGCAAUUAUUUAGAUUUUCUGUAUCACAACUCCAAAACAAUUGUUGUCAUUGUAUCUCCUCGGCCGAAGUGUAGGCCUACUUUGCAUCUUAGUAAUGUACAAUCUACAAUCCGGAAUCAGUAAUAUGCUACAUUCAAAUACUAAAUUCAACCGAACGAAUUUUUUAUCGACCAACUCUAAAACAGUAUUGACGUCCCAGUUUUGAACUCUAAGGGACGCUGUUGGCCAGUGAAACAAUAGUGUGUGUGUAGUGGAUAUUGUUGGAGCUUCCCAUCCCUUUAACUGCGAUGGAGAGGCGAACUGAACCACAAUGACGCAUUUAGGGUGGAGCUUGACGGAGGCACUCUCGCUUAGAAAUUCGUCCUGUUGUUCAAAGGGAAUUUCAAUUAAAUUGAGGGCUUACUUAAUUUUACCGGAGCUUGGUUUUCUCCUUUUCUUUUUUGUGGAUAUCAUUGUGAGUUUCCUGGAGGAUACAUUUCUAUUGAAAAUGGCAUUACGCCGUAACGGGUUGGUGUGUUGCUGUUGGUGUCGGAGUCAAAUAUGGGUAAUCUUUCUCCAUUUCGUUAUUUUUCUCAACAUCGCCGUUUGCCAGAUCCGGUAUACUAUUCCCGAGGAGAUGAAAAAGGGGUCUCUUAUCGGCAACGUUGCGCAGGACUUGGGGUUGGAUCUGAAAAGGCUUCGCUCAGGCCGAGCAAGAAUCUUGACGGGAGAAAGCCCUCAAUACGCCGAUCUGAAGACAGACAAAGGGAUUCUAGUGGUGAAUGAGAGAAUGGACCGAGAGCAGCUCUGUGGCGACGUUACACCUUGUAGCUUUAGCUUCGAAAUCAUCUUGGAAAAUCCAAUCGAACUGCAUCGUGUGAUAAUUGAAAUAUUGGACAUUAAUGAUCAUAGCCCUGCCUUUAAAAACCGAAACAUAAAUCUUGAAAUAAGCGAGUCGGCUAUCAUAGGUUCUCGUUUUAAUUUAGAAAGUGCAGACGACCCUGAUGUUGGAACUAACAGUUUGCAAAAUUAUAUGUUGAACACAAACGAACAUUUUAUAAUCAAACAACACUCUAACGCAGAUGGCAGUAUAUUUGCAGAACUGAUUCUACAAAAAGCGUUAGACAGAGAAAUUAAUCCUCGUCUUUCGUUAAAGCUGAUCGCAGUUGACGACGGAACUCCACAGAGAUCGGGUACAGUAAAUAUAGAAAUUACUGUCUUAGACAUCAAUGAUAAUGCUCCCGUGUUUAACCAAUCAGUAUACAGGGCUACAGUGAUAGAAAACGCCCCAAUUGGGACAUAUAUGUCCACUGUGAAUGCUUCAGAUGCUGACACUGGUUCCAAUGGUUUGGUGACCUACUAUUUUACAAACAUAAAGGGUGGUUUAGGGGAUUUGUUUCACAUUGACACCAUCUCCGGUAUACUAACUGUGACUGGUAAAAUUGACUUUGAAAAGGAUAAAAAAUAUGAAAUAAGAGUAGGGGCAAAAGACCAGGGGGGCCUGGAUGAUGCCAGUAAAGUAAUUAUUGAGGUGAUUGACGUCAAUGAUAACGCUCCACUUAUUAGUGUAAUGUCAUUCUCUAGCCCUGUAUCAGAGGACGCCCCUACUGGGACCACCAUAGCUGUAAUCAAUGUAAAAGAUUCUGAUUCAGAGAAAAACGGACAGAUAUCAUGUUCAAUUGAUUCAUUUCUCCCGUUUAAAAUACAAUCCUCGUUAACUAAUUAUUACAACCUGCUCUCAGAUGUAGUUUUUGACCGUGAAACAACGUCAGAAUACAACAUAACCAUCACCGCGACCGAUUCAGGGUCUCCUCCCUUAUCCAGUGGAACAACUUUGAGGCUCGUUAUUUCUGAUGUGAACGACAAUGCACCAAUAUUCACUAAAAAGAGCUAUUCAGCUCAUGUUGUAGAGAACAAUGAGCCAGGGGUCUCCAUAUUCACCGUCAGUGCUCGAGACGCUGACUGGAAUCAGAAUGCCAGAGUGUCGUAUCUUCUGGAGGACACGCAGGUCAGUGGUAGUCCAGCCUCUACUCAUGUUUCUAUCAACUCUGAAACUGGAGUUCUGUAUGCAGCACGCUCUUUUGACUAUGAACAAAUUAAAGCACUGCAGCUAGUUGUUAAGGCUCAAGAUGGAGGCUCUCCUCCCCUCAGUAGUAAUGUAAGUGUGAAAAUACUGAUCCAGGACCAGAACGACAACGCCCCUCAGGUUCUGUAUCCAGUCCAGACUGGUGGUUCUCUGGUGGCUGAAAUGGUGCCUCGUUCAGUAGAUGUGGGCUAUCUGGUCACUAAAGUGGUGGCUGUUGAUGUGGACUCUGGACAGAAUGCCUGGCUCUCCUAUAAACUACAGAAAGCCACAGACAGGGCGCUGUUUGAAGUGGGCUUACAGAAUGGAGAAAUAAGAACUAUCCGCCAAGUCACUGAUAAAGAUGCUGUGAAACAAAGACUGACUGUUAUAGUGGAGGACAACGGACAGCCCUCUCGUUCAGCUACAGUCAUUGUUAACGUGGCGGUGGCGGACAGCUUCCCUGAAGUGCUCUCGGAGUUCACUGACUUUACACACGACAAGGAGUACAAUGACAACCUGACUUUUUACUUGGUCUUGGCUUUGGCUGUGGUUUCCUUUCUCUUCAUCACGUGUUUAGUGGUGAUCAUAUCAGUGAAAAUCUACAGAUGGAGACAGUCUCGUAUCUUGUAUCAUUCCAGUCUCCCAGUGAUCCCAUAUUAUCCACCACGGUACUCAGACACUUUGGGGACAGGGACUCUCCAGCACGUGUACAAUUACGAGGUGUGCAGGACCACUGACUCCAGGAAGAGUGACUGUAAGGUCGGCAACGCUGGUAGUCAGAACGUUCUGAUAAUGGACCCCAGUUCUACAGGGACCAUGCAGCGAAUGCAGAGUGAAAAGAGCAUCCUGGAUGAACCAGACUCUCCACUAGAGGUGAGUUCUAUCAGAUGUGAUUGUACAUUAAUGUUGAUUUGUAGCUCAUUCAAUAUUUUGAGCACCACGGAGAGGGAGAGCUCCCCUAAAGAUGAGAGCCGGAAGGUUGACUUAAGACUAUGACAUUUUCUUGGAUCGAAAUUCAGACUUUGCCAAAAAGUAUUCUGGAGUGAGUCACAAUUUAAAGGAUUGGUACAUGAAUGUCCUGUCAUCAAUUUAAUUACAAUAUGCACAAUGACUUUUUUGCACUACUCUGGACCAUUAGAAAUGUAUCCAACUAUCUGCUAAUCUGCAAUCCUGUCG